AUUAGGGCAAAAGCCUACUGCGGUACAGUGAGAACAAAAAAAGUCUUCCAGUCUGCUGUCUUCUCUCUUUCUUUAUUCUCAGAAGUGAAAGGCCACAACUGCGGAGCCGCAAACGCAACGAACCAGAUUCAAUUCGGUUAGAGAUAUCGAAACAUGGCGGACCAGGGUGCUAAGAAGUCCAAUGCCAAGGGUGGAGGGAAAAAGAAGGAGGUGAAGAAAGAAACCGGUCUUGGUCUUUCCAAGAAGAAGGAUGAGAAUUUCGGAGAGUGGUAUUCUGAGGUCGUUGUUAAUAGUGAGAUGAUCGAAUACUACGAUAUAUCUGGUUGUUAUAUAUUGAGGCCAUGGACAAUUGCGAUAUGGGAGACAAUGCAAGCAUUCUUUGAUGCAGAAAUAAAGAAAAUGAAGAUAAAGAAUUGCUAUUUCCCUUUAUUUGUCUCCCCUAGUGUUCUAGAACGAGAGAAGGAUCAUAUUGAGGGUUUUGCUCCAGAGGUUGCGUGGGUCACAAAGUCUGGAAAGUCCGACUUGGAAGUGCCAAUAGCAAUUCGUCCAACAAGUGAGACUGUUAUGUAUCCUUAUUUUGCUAAGUGGAUUAGAGGACACCGCGAUUUGCCAUUGAAGCUAAAUCAGUGGUGCAAUGUUGUCCGGUGGGAGUUCAGCAAUCCUACACCAUUUAUCAGGAGUCGGGAGUUUCUUUGGCAAGAAGGCCAUACAGCUUUUGCAACAAAGGCAGAGGCAGAUGAAGAGGUCCUUGAGAUAUUGGAACUGUACCGGAGGAUAUACGAGGACUAUUUGGCAGUUCCAGUUGUGAAGGGAAAAAAGAGUGAGAAUGAGAAAUUUGCUGGUGGUCUUUAUACUACUAGUGUGGAGGCUUUUAUUCCAAAUACUGGCCGCGGUGUACAAGGUGCCACCUCACAUUGUUUGGGUCAAAAUUUUGCCAAAAUGUUUGAGAUUAAUUUUGAAAAUGAAAACAGAGAAAAGGGCAUGGUUUGGCAAAACUCUUGGGCAUACAGCACUCGAACGAUUGGAGUGAUGGUGAUGGUGCACGGAGAUGACAAAGGCUUGGUAUUGCCACCUAAAGUGGCAGCAAUUCAGGCUAUUGUGGUUCCAGUGCCUUACAAGAAUACUCCUAUGGAAGAAAUAUAUGAUGCCUGCUUGAAAACUGUGGAUACCUUGACUAAAGCUGGUAUUCGUGCUGAGGCAGAUUUAAGUGACAACCAAACUCCUGGUUGGAAGUAUUCACAUUGGGAAAUGAAAGGUGUUCCUCUAAGGAUUGAAAUUGGACCAAAGGAUCUGGAAAAGAAUCAAGUUCGCGUUGUCCGCCGUGACAAUUCAGCAAAAGAGGACAUUCCUGUGAGCACGUUGGUAGAGCAAGUACAAGACAUCUUGGCUAAAAUUCACGAAAAUCUGUUCAAUGUUGCGAAGGAAAAACGAGAUGCUUCUAUCAAGGUUGCAAAGACAUGGGAAGAAUUUAUGGAAGCUCUAAACCAAAAGAAAAUGAUCUUGGCUCCUUGGUGUGAUGAACAGGAAGUAGAAGAGGACGUGAAAAAACGGACAAAGGGUGAAAUCGGAGCAGCCAAGUCACUCUGUACUCCAUUUGAGCAGCCUGAGCUUCCUGAAGGGACACUUUGCUUUGCCUCUGGAAAACCAGCCAAGAAAUGGACCUACUGGGGCAGGAGUUACUAGACAACUCUUCAAAUUACGCUGUUUAAUUUUAUAUCCCUAUCUGCCUUGAGGGAUGAAUUUUUAAAAUCACUCAAAAAUUGUUUAUUCCAUGGCGUACGGUCUGUAGUUAAUACAACACUUGCAGUAUACAAUUAGUAUGCGAACGUUAUUUUCUCGUCUUUUUCUUUUUCGAACAACGGUGUUUGUUUUAGACACUCGGUUGUAGCCAUUGUUAAACUGAGCAAGUGCUGAAUACUUUCUUUUCUGAAAAAACCACCAUUCACGGUA